UCUGAGCAAACCGGAUGGUAGGAUUCUAUCUGAUGAGCCUGACCAGCCUGUCUGAAAAUGUGGAUGGUAUGACAGAACCUUUGGAUGUUAAGGAAUGUAAUAUCCUCUCAACCACCCACAAGUAAUGGGAAUUUGCUGUAAGAAUACACAUUACUUUAAAAGAGACGGGAUCCUGGGGAAAAUUAAGAGCGAGGCCUCUGAGAGAUCCAAGCUGGAUGGGCAUUUGGGAUCCAUGGCAGCUGUAGGCCUGGACCAUGCUCCUUCCCCCCGGCAGAGUGAGUUUGUAGAUCUGACUCUAGCACUGUUCAGUUUGUGUGGCUGAGGGCCAUUCUUUGCUGAUUGCAUAUUGGUCCUCUCAUCUCCCACCCCAUGUAGCUUUCUUCUGCCUUGGGAUUCUGCCUCGGGCUUCUGCCUCUAUGUAGCUGCCGAGUCCUCCUAACAUUGACUCCAGAAGCACCUGGUUCCCUCCAACCUUAUGCGCUCUCUCCAUACAUCCUGCCAGCCUCACCUUCCAUUAUCAAACUCCUGAUUUUCCAUUUCUAUUUCCCAUUUCAGAUUCUACAUACACAGAAACAGAGGUAAGUAAUCCAGUUGGCAUGGCUAAGGAGACACAGUUGUCAUUUGGGGGACUUUACAGGAUGCUGGCAUCUCAUGAAUUGACAGCUCACCGAACAGGCAGGGCCGCCACCCUCCACAGCAGUGUGGAUGUGGUACUUUCCAAAAGAGGACAGCAGGCACCCCACUCAGGAAGCAAGGCUAUGUCUCCCCAGUGUCUUGCCCCUUGGUACAAAUUAGCCAGCAGUCCCAAGGUGCAAACAGAGUGGAUAGAUAUUCUUUCAUAACAUUAUUCUACUUUAUAUUGUCUCAAAUUCCCCCCUGCCUUUUCUUCACGCUGCAUUUUAAGCUUUUUCUCAGUUUUCAGCACAACCCAAGCAGGGAACACAUUUUCCCUUUCCUGAUUGUAUUAUUUACCUUCCUAAACCAUUCAUUCAUUUACUUAUCUAUUUACUCAAUAUCCAUGAAGUACCUGCUUUGUAACUGGUGAAAUACUAGACAAUGAAGACUUAAAAUUCAUGCAUAUUCUCAAUAUAAACAUUAAUUGACUACUUACAAAGUGCCAGGCAUUGUGUUACUUGCUGGGAAUAGAAAGAUUACUGAGACACAGUUGCUGUCUGGUACAUAGCAAGAAUUGAAUAAAUAUUUGUUGAGUAAAGGCAAGUAUUUUGACAAUUACAAGCAGAGCAAAAAGGGCUAUCUUGGGGAAUGUCCACAGGAAGAGAGGCCUAGAGAAACCAAAAAGUGUUUCCUGCAGACACUAAUGUUUACACUGCGACCUGGAGGGCAAGCUGAAUUAGCCAAGUGAGAGGCAUGAGAGGGAACCCAAGGCAUGCAGGAAGAACAAAUGGUUUGUGCGAAGGCUUGAAAAUUAGGGAGGGUGUGCAUUGGAGGGGCAGUCAUGGGGGACAGAGAAUAAAUAAAUCAGUGUGAUUAUGAUUCUAGGACUGAUAUGGAAGUCUUUAUGUGGAAUGGCACAAGUCCAUUUAAAUACAUGGUCAAAUCAUGGUUUUGGAGUUCUCCUAGGACCUUGUUGCUACCUGCAUCUGGUUGUCAGAGGGACAUGAGGAUGGUCUAGAAGGGGUUUCACAUGCUUACCUAGUAAUGCUCCUUGAAAAGAUUAUCUCCUCAGACAUAAGCCCGGCCACAGAAAAGUCUCUCUAAGGUCAGCAGUUUCGAGAGUGACGAAGUGAGAAUUUGAUUCUUAUCUGUUCACAGACUCUACGAAUCCCAAAACACCCUCCUGAAGAACACAUUGGGGGAAAAAUACAAACAACCUUAUGGAUUUAGCCAUAGAUCAUAGGUCAUAGGUCAAGAGUUAAAUUGUCACUCUUUCACUCAACAAAUAAAUAUCUCCUAUGUGCCAAAUCAUGAGCCAGAAGUUGGAACAGCACAUUGUGAAAAGAACUUGGUCCCUAGCCUGAGGGAUUCAGAAUCUUGGGCACCAUCAUUUCUGUUUUCAUCAUUGUUGUCAUCAAUGUCUUUUGACACAGUCUUAUUUUGAUCUCCUUUGGUUUUUGUAUAUUAUGAUUAUUUCCAAUAUCAUUUUAAAAUAGGAAUUUCGUACUUACGGAAAAAUAUAUGCCAUCUAAUUUGAAAAAUAAGGAAACAGUGCUUUGCUUUCCCUAGCCUGCCUUCUCAUUUACUGUAAAAUAAUAAUUUUUCUUUUUCAGGGUUCAUUUCAAUUUUUUGAAAAGGGUUUAGCAAUGAAAUACAAAAAUCUCAGUUAUUUUCAUUAAGCUCAUUUUUUACUUUCCCCACAUAUAGGCUAUAUGCUUUAUUUAAUAUCUUUAUUCUUUACAUUAAGUUAAAAUUAUUUUAGAAAUGACUAUUUCAAUUGCUGUUUUGACAUUUCAUUGAUCAAUAUUUCACUAAAGAUAAUAACUUUCUCUAGGAUGCAGAGAGACUCAUAUAACUUACACCAGAAUUUCCACUGAAUGAAUUUCCCCACCUUCUUGGUGAUUGUACACCUGCCUUCCUUAUAAGGCGAACAAGGAAGUAAAUCAUGUUGAAGUUGCUUUUAAACACAGCUUUUCUGCUUUACCUGUCCAGGUAGCCUCUGUUUUCAUUUCAGUCUUAAUGAAAACUUUCUAACUUACAUCUCAAGUUUCUUUUCAAAGCAGUGUAAGUAGUAUUUAAAAUGUUACACUUCAAGAAAGAAAGACUUUAACGAUAUUCAGCUUUGGUCUUGUAACGCUGAAGGUAAUUCAUUUUUUAAUCGGUCUGCACAGCAAGAACUGAAGCGAAUGGGGAUUGAACUGCUUUGCCUGUUCUUUCUAUUUCUAGGAAGGAAUGAUCACGUACAAGGUGGCUGUGCCCUGGGAGGUGCAGAAACCUGUGAAGACUGCCUGCUCAUUGGACCUCAGUGUGCCUGGUGUGCUCAGGAGAAUUUUACCCGUCCAUCUGGAGUUGGUGAAAGGUGUGAUACCCCAGCAAACCUUUUAGCUAAAGGAUGUCAAUUAAACUUCAUCGAAAACCCUGUCUCCCAAGUAGAAAUACUUAAAAAUAAGCCUCUCAGUGUAGGCAGACAGAAAAAUAGUUCUGACAUUGUUCAGAUUGCACCUCAAAGCUUGAUCCUUAAGUUGAGACCAGGUGGUGCGCAGACUCUGCAGGUGCAUGUCCGCCAGACUGAGGACUACCCGGUGGAUUUGUAUUACCUCAUGGACCUCUCCGCCUCCAUGGAUGAUGACCUCAACACAAUCAAGGAGUUGGGCUCCCGGCUUUCCAAAGAGAUGUCUAAAUUAACCAGCAACUUUAGACUGGGCUUCGGAUCUUUUGUGGAAAAACCUGUAUCCCCUUUUGUGAAAACAACACCAGAAGAAAUUGCCAACCCUUGCAGUAGUAUUCCAUACUUCUGUUUACCUACAUUUGGAUUCAAGCACAUUUUGCCAUUGACAAAUGAUGCUGAAAGAUUCAAUGAAAUUGUGAAGAAUCAGAAAAUUUCUGCUAAUAUCGACACACCUGAAGGUGGAUUUGAUGCAAUUAUGCAAGCUGCUGUGUGUAAGGAAAAAAUUGGUUGGCGGAAUGAUUCCCUCCACCUCCUGGUCUUUGUGAGUGAUGCUGAUUCUCAUUUUGGAAUGGACAGCAAACUGGCAGGCAUCGUCAUUCCUAAUGAUGGGCUCUGUCACUUGGACAGCAAGAAUGAAUACUCCAUGUCAACUGUCUUGGAAUAUCCAACAAUUGGACAACUCAUUGAUAAACUGGUACAAAACAACGUGUUAUUGAUCUUCGCUGUAACCCAAGAACAAGUUCAUUUAUAUGAGAAUUACGCAAAACUUAUUCCUGGAGCUACAGUAGGGCUACUUCAGAAGGACUCCGGAAACAUUCUCCAGCUGAUCAUCUCAGCUUAUGAAGAACUGCGGUCUGAGGUGGAACUGGAAGUAUUAGGAGACACUGAAGGACUCAACUUGUCAUUUACAGCCAUCUGUAACAACGGUACAUUCUUCCAACACCAAAAGAAAUGCUCUCACAUGAAAGUGGGAGACACAGCUUCCUUCAAUGUGACUGUGAAUAUCCCAAACUGUGAGAGAAGAAGCAGGCACAUUAUCAUAAAGCCUGUGGGACUGGGGGACGCCCUGGAAUUACUUGUCAGUCCAGAAUGCAACUGCGACUGUCAGAAAGAAGUGGAAGUGAACAGCUCCAAGUGUCACCACGGGAACGGCUCCUUCCAGUGUGGGGUGUGUGCCUGCCACCCUGGCCACAUGGGGCCUCGCUGUGAGUGUGGCGAGGACAUGCUGAGCACAGAUUCCUGCAAGGAGGCCCCAGAUCAUCCCUCCUGCAGUGGAAGGGGUGACUGCUACUGUGGACAGUGUAUCUGCCACUUGUCUCCCUAUGGAAACAUUUAUGGGCCUUAUUGCCAGUGUGACAAUUUUUCCUGCGUGAGACACAAAGGGCUGCUCUGCGGAGACAACGGCGACUGUGACUGUGGUGAGUGUGUAUGCAGGAGCGGCUGGACUGGCGAGUACUGCAACUGCACCACCAGCACGGACUCCUGCGUCUCUGAAGACGGAGUUCUCUGCAGCGGGCGUGGGGACUGCGUUUGUGGCAAGUGUGUUUGCGCAAACCCGGGAGCCUCAGGACCAACCUGUGAACGAUGUCCUACCUGUGGUGACCCCUGUAACUCUAAACGGAGCUGCAUUGAGUGCCACCUGUCAGCAGCUGGCCAAGCCCGAGAAGAAUGUGUGGACAAGUGCAAACUAGCUGGUGCGACCAUCAGUGAAGAAGAAGAUUUCUCAAAGGAUGGUUCUGUUUCCUGCUCUCUGCAAGGAGAAAAUGAAUGUCUUAUUACAUUCCUGAUAACUACAGAUAAUGAGGGGAAAAGCAUCAUUCACAGCAUCAGUGAAAAAGAUUGUCCAAAGCCUCCAAACAUUCCCAUGAUCAUGUUGGGGGUUUCCCUGGCUAUUCUUCUCAUCGGGGUUGUCCUGCUGUGCAUCUGGAAGCUGCUGGUGUCAUUUCAUGAUCGUAAAGAAGUUGCCAAAUUUGAAGCAGAACGGUCAAAAGCCAAGUGGCAAACGGGAACCAAUCCACUCUACAGAGGCUCCACGAGUACUUUUAAAAAUGUAACUUAUAAACACAGGGAAAAACAAAAGGUGGACCUUUCCACAGAUGGAUAGAACUACUUUAUGCAUGAAAAAAGUCUGUUUCACUGGUAUGAAAUGUUAAUGCACUAUAUAAUUUUUUUAUCUUUGUUGCUUCAAAAUGAGGUUGGUUUAAGACAAUAAUAGGACAUUUGCAGACAAGUUAUCCUCUACAUGAAGGUGAGAGACUGUUGGCAGGUUCAAAAUAAUCAAGAAGAGAAAUAUCCUUAGCAAAGAGGUGACUUUGGGGAUCAUUUGAGGAAUACUAACUCUGUUGCAUUAAUGCUUCAAAAAAAUCAUCAAAAUGAUUCAUGGGGGCCUGAUUUGCAUUUGAAAAAUGUUUGAAAUUAGAAGCUCAUUUGUUUCAGGAAUGCAGCUACCUGAGUUCUUUGUCUCAGCAAAGUCACAAAGCCCAUAUACUCACAUUGUAUAUCUAUACUUGCCAAUUAAUUCUAAACUUGUAGGAAAUAUGCCCUCUCUUGAAGGAUAAUUUUUUGAAAUCUCUGAGAAAUGACAUUCUGAUUUUACUUCAGCUAAGAAGUUGCAAUUCUUCUGAAGAUACCCCAAAUAUAAGACUGAACAUUAAGUGUUAAUAAUUUUUGUGAAUUUAUACACACCUAAACGUUAAGUACACAAAUAUUUUAUUUGUUUUACAAAUGAGGAAUAAGUAAUUUAUAAAUUAAGAAGUCACCUAUAAAAAUAAAAAGAUAACAACCCUAUCAUUUAGCUUAUUUUUAAAUUACCUGAAAAACAAUAUUCUACACUCAGUUUCCUUUUUGACCCUGAGUUUUCAAACUGUUACUUCCCCCAUAUUUCUCAAUCCAUUUCACUCAGUUGCGCAGUCUUUUAAACCCUGUAACUGUCACACAAAAGUUUCUUUAAAAAAAUACUUUAAAUGGUUAGCUUAUUCAAAGAACACUCCUAUAAUAUAAAAGGAACCUGUGUUAAACACAAUAAAUUUUUUUUUUUUUUUUUUUU